GUGAUGAAGGGUCACAUGACCUGUGCAGGAAAACACCCUGCAGUGUGUAGUACAGGCUGUAGAGUAAUAAACACAGCGCGCGAUGGAUCAGGAGUAUUAUUUAGAGCUGAGUGAGAACCCGGUGCAGUUUGAGAACGCGUCCAGCGUUAAUAAUGUUUUCUUCGACGAGGCCAAUAAACAGGUGUUUGCUGUGCGCUCUGGUGGUGCCACUGGAGUAGUCGUUAAGGGACCAGAGGACAAAAGCCCGAUUGCUUUCAGAAUGGAUGAUAAAGGUGAGGUGAAGUGCAUCAAGUUUUCACUGGGGAACAAAAUCCUAGCUGUUCAGCGGACUCCAAAAUCAGUGGAUUUUACUAAUUUCAUCCCUGAUUUCCCUCAUUUGGAAUUCUCCCAUGAAUGUAAGACUAAGAAUGCUAAUGUUCUGGGAUUCUGUUGGACCAACUGGAAUGAAAUUGUUUUCGUCACCGACCAAGGAAUCGAGUAUUACCAGGUGCUGCCUGAUAAACGGAGUCUGAAGAUGCUGAAGAGUCAGAGCAUUAAUGUGAACUGGUAUAUCUACUGCCCAGAGACAGCAGUGCUUCUGCUUUCCACCACUGUACAAGGCAACGUUCUUCAGCCCUUCGCUUUCAAAAAUGGAACCAUGUCGAAAAUGCCGAAGUUUGAAAUAGAGCUUCCAAUGGUCCCCAAACCAGCCAAGAUCAGCCUUUCUGAAAGAGAUAUUGCUGUAUCCACCAUUUAUGGUCAGCUCUAUGUGAUGUACCUCAAACAUCAGUCCAGAAGCACCAACAGCUCCGGAGCAGAAGUAGUUCUGUAUCAUUUACCCAGAGAGGGGGCCUGUAAAAAGACUCACAUCCUGAAACUAAACACCACCGGCAAGUUUGCUCUGAAUGUGGUGGAUAAUCUGGUGGUGGUGCACCAUCAGAGCUCACAGACCUCCAUUAUCUUUGAUAUUAAACUACGGGAGCCGGACUGUGCUGUGAACGUUCACCAGCCUGUGCUUCCUGCUCGAUCCAUCCACCCCUACAAGAUCCCUCUCACAGGGCCUACAGCAGCUUCAGUGCCAUGUGAACUCUACUCAUCAUCAUGGAGUGUCUUUCAGCCGGAUAUCAUCAUUAGUGCGAGCGAGGGGUAUCUUUGGUAUCUUCAGGUGAAGCUCCAGCCAACAGUUAACCUCCUUCAGGAUAAAGGAAAAUUAAUGGACUUUUUAUUGCGCAGACGUGACUGCAAAAUGGUCAUCCUGUCCGUCUGCUCACAAAUGCUUGACGGUGGAGAGAAAGGAAACUUACCUGUGAUCGCCACUGUGUUCGAUAAGCUAAACCAGGUGUAUAAGGAAUAUCUGGAGGCGGAGCAAGCAUACACUGUGGCUUUAGAGUCUGGUCCCAGUCGCUUCAGCAGCUCCUACAAGAGACCAGUUCGAACACAGGCCGUCAUCGACCAAUCAGACAUGUACACCCAUGUCCUCUCUGCAUUCACUGAGAAGAAGGACGUGUCCCACAAGUUCAUUAUUGCUGUCGUCAUGGAAUAUAUUCGCUCCCUCAACCAGUUCCAGAUCACAGUUCAGCACUACUUGUAUGAGCUGGUUAUUAAAACUCUGGUCCAGCACAAUCUGUUCUACAUGCUCCAUCAGUUCCUUCAGUAUCAUGUGCUGAGUGACUCCAAACCACUGGCGUGUCUGCUGCUGUCACUGGAGAGCACGUAUCCUCCUGCUCACCAGCUCUCUCUCGACAUGCUGAAGAGACUCUCCACAGCGAAUGAUGAGAUCGUGGAGGUGCUCCUCUCGAAGCAGCAGGUGCUCGGAGCUCUCCGGUUCGUCCGCAGCGUCGGAGGACAUGAUAACGUAUCGGCGCGUAAAUUCCUGGACGCUGCUCGACAGACGGAGGACACGAUGCUGUUCUACACCAUCUUUCGCUUCUUUGAGCAGAGAAACCUGAGAUUACGAGGAAAUCCUGCUUUUAACCCAGGUGAACACUGUGAAGAGCACAAUUCUUACUUUAAAGAAGUGUUUGGGGAACAAACCCUGAUGAAAUCUGCAGCCGUGUGAAGGUGUGAGAUUUGCUGGUGAGGUUUGAUCUGAUUGUGCUGCAGUUUUUACACCAAAAUGAUCAACUGAGCAAAUUUUAAUAACUUUAACUUUAUUCCUCCCAAUACUAACAGCCCUCUGGUGGACCUCCUGUACCAUCUUCUGUAUCACUGUUAAUAAUUAUGUAUUUUAUAUCUAUAUAUAAUCUCCAUAAUGCCUUGUACUGUAAAUAGAGUCACUGGUAAUAAUAUUGAGAACGUACGUUACUGAAUAUAUCUAUCAGUUAUUUGAGUUAUUUUAGGUUAAUUAGGUUUAUUCUUAAAAAGGAGAUGAUCAUUUGUGACCUUGUGAUCUAGAAAUGCUCUCUUUAAAUGUGAAAAAAACUAACACUGCUGUAAAUAAUAAAUGUAUACAAUAUAUUAUAUGACAUUUAGUUAAUAAAGGCUACCAUGUAUUGAUUGUUUCCUAAACCACACAACAAAUGAAAGAAAAAUGAAUUAAAAUAAAAUAAAAUAAAGCAAAACAACAAGCAGUGGCAGUUUGUUUAAUAAAGCUGUACAUGUAAAGAAACAAAAUGCUACGUAACAUGUAAAUAUCUUGACAAAUAACUUACAAUAUAUAUUUUUUAGUGUAUGAAAGAAAAUGUAUUCACAGUGUUUGUUUAAUGCAGUUUUGAAUGCAUACAAUCACAUUACAUAAUUCACAUAAAUCGGUGCAAUCACAGGAUUAGUCCCUACAUGACACAUAUAUUCUAUAACACAACAGUUAUAGACGGCCUGUCACAAGAACUAUAUUUACUAUAUAUUUUUUUGAACAAUAUAUAUAUUAUUGUCUCUAAAAUAAUUUUAUGUCACCGAAAUAAUGAUGGUAUAUUAAUGACAUGUAAACCCUUUUAAAGGGGCACUAAAUCAUCUGAUUUUAGCUGAAUCCAAUUUCAGCUUACAUUUAAAAGAUUCUAAAAUAAAUAAAAAUAAAAAGUGAUGUAUGGGUUUAGGGGUGGAGCACUUUUAUUACUUUAUAGGAACACAUUUCAGCUAUUAAUGAAAAAUAAAUAUGCUUUAGAGUUGAGUGGCUCUUUAAAUAGCAAUUUUAAUUUAAUUCUUGUAUUUUUUUGAUUUUUUUAUUUUUUAUUUUAGUGUUUUGUCAUAUCGCCAAGAGUAUUGUUAUCACGUAAAUUAAACCAUGAAAUAUCGUGAUAUUAUUUAAAAGGGCCAUAUCGCCCACUCCUAUAGUUUCCAUUACGUCUUAUUCUCUCAGCUUAUGCUGUGAGUUUGCAAAGUUUAAAUCCAAUUAUUUUGAUUUCAUUUUAAUUUAAUGGGUUUUCACAUUAUCUCAUUACCCAAGUUCAUGUAAAUGUGUUAAUCAGAUAACGUAAAAAGUCUGAUGUUUUGGACUGAUUUAGAUUUAUACCUAUUUGUCUAUUGUACAUUACAUCGAUAUAUAUAUAUAUAUAUAUAUAUAUA